AUGAUCAGUGUUACUACUACUUUGACCGGCUUUUCUUUUAUUUACUUUCUGUAUUCUAGAAUUCCUUAUGCCAUGUUAUGUAAAACAUUUGAGCGAUGUGAAGCCACCACAAAACGCUUGGCAAUCACCGAGUACCUAGUUCAGCUAUUUUUACAGGCCAUUAAGUUGACUCCUAGCGGUUUACUCGAACUUCUUUACAUGUGCAUCAACAAGCUCUGUCCGGAUUACGAAGGGCUAGAGAUGGGUGUUGGCGAAUCAUUCUUGAUCAAGGCUAUUGUGAGUUCCACCGGUAGAAACAUUAAAAACAUCAAGGCAGAAUACAGAAGUACUGGUGACCUUGGUACUGUAGCCAUGAAUAGCAAAGGAUCGCAAGGAACUCUCUCUAUGCCAAAGCCCUUGACAGUUCAUCAAGUAUUUCAGACACUCAAGGAUCUUUCUCAAAUCACAGGCAACCAGUCACAAAAAAAGAAAAUCGACAAGAUAAACUCGUUACUGGUUCAGUGCAGAGGAAGUGAGGCAAAAUAUUUGAUUCGACAAUUGGAAGGAAAACUUCGAAUUGGUCUUGCAGAGCAAACUGUUCUAUCUGCCCUUGCCCAAUCGAUCGUAUUGAGUAAACCAGAAACCUCAAAGUUGUCCCAAGAAAAAAUAGAACAAGCAUUGGCUGAUGCCGCAGCAAUUGUCAAAUCUGUGUACAACCAACUACCUUGCUAUGAUAUGAUCGUUCCUGCUUUGCUCGAGUACUCUAUUAAAGAUUUCCCUGACCAUUGCAAUAUGAGACCAGGAAUCCCCUUGAAGCCCAUGCUGGCCCAUCCUACAAAGAGUCUAACUGAGAUUCUGGAUAGAUUUGAAGACAGAAAGUUUACUUGUGAGUUUAAGUACGAUGGUGAGAGAGCACAGAUUCACUUGUUACCAAAUGGAAAAUCUAUGGUUUACAGUCGUAACUCUGAGAACAUGUCUGAUCGCUACCCUGACAUCAUGUCAAAGCUGGCUAAUUGGGUGAUGCCUACCACUAGCUCGUUUAUUCUUGAUUGUGAGGCAGUGGCAUGGGACAAAGAAAACAAGCAAAUUCUUCCUUUCCAGGUCCUUAGUACUCGAAAGAGAAAGGAUGUCAAGGAAGAAGACAUCAAGGUGCAGGUGGUUGUUUUUGCAUUUGAUUGUCUUUACUUGAACGGCGAGUCCCUUUUGCGCCUGCCAUUGGAAGAACGUCGUGAAAAGUUGAGAUCUGCUUUCAAAGAGACUGAAAAUGAAUUCUACUUUGCACGCCAAAUGGACUCUAACAAUAUUGAUGAUAUUCAAGUUUUCCUUGACGUCUCCAUCGAAAAUAACUGCGAAGGCUUAAUGGUCAAAUUAUUUGAUGGCGAAGAGGCAUCCUAUGAGCCUUCCAAGAGAUCACGUAACUGGCUCAAAGUCAAGAAGGACUACCUGAGUGGUAUCGGUGACUCUAUGGAUUUGGUUGUUAUUGGUGCAUUUUAUGGACGUGGAAAACGAACAUCAGUAUACGGUGCAUUUUUGUUGGCUUGUUAUGAUCCCGAAACAGAAGAAUACCAGACAAUCUGUAAGAUUGGUACCGGUUUUUCUGAAGAAGAUCUCCUAAACCAUUACAAUGCAUUAAAGGGCCAUGUAAUUGAAGCUCCCAAGCGAUUCUAUUGCUUGGGAGAGAAUCCAGUCAAACCAGAUGUGUGGUUUGAGCCUGUUAAGGUUUGGGAGGUACUUUGUGCAGACUUGAGUAUCAGUCCGCGCUACAUGGCUGCCGUUGGAAAGGUCGAUGCUUCCAAGGGUAUCUCCCUUCGUUUCCCUCGAUUUAUCAGAGUUCGUGAUGACAAGGGUCCUGAAGACUCAACUUCGAGUGAGCAAGUUAUGACGUUUUACUACAACCAGGCUAAUAGCUCCAAAGGAAAGGGUGAUGACAUGGACUAUUAA